AGGUGAAUACUGAGCUUGACUGCAGUUCACAAAUGAUCUAUACAAGUGUGGGUACCAGAAUCGACGAUUCAAGGUUGGUCAGAGACGGCGAUGCACUCUACGCGGCUCUAGCGGGAGAACCUUUUAUGAAGGGAGUGAGUGGGCCGUUAGCUGCCACAUGCGAUACAGUUAGUACACAGAUUAUAGACACGGACGGUACCAACAGGAGUGGUACUCCUAUGGGCACAAGGGAUGACUGGAUCGCCUUCAACGUCGGUGGUCAAGUGUUUGUGACCACGAAAACGACCAUACAAAGAGGCGAGUCAACUAUGCUGUCAAGGCUGAUUGAGGAGGACAUGUGGCAGUCUACCCGGGAUAGAAACGGUACUGUGAUGCUCGACCGAAGUCCCAAAUACUUUGAGCCACUUCUUAACUUUUUAAGGCACGGUGAAAUGGUCCUGGGCGAGGGACUCAAUCCUAGAGGCGUUCUGGCCGAAGCCAGAUUUUUUGGGAUGAACGAUGCAUGCAAAAUCCUUGAGCAGAUGUGUAAAGACUGUCACGUUGACGCUCCAAUGAAUCGCAACUCCUUCAUGGACAAGCUCAUGACCCUCCAGCCAUCGGAUUCCCUGAGGUGUCGUGGGAUGAAUUUUCAAGGGACCGAUUUUUCUCGGCUGGAUUUAUCAAACAUCGAUUUCGAUUUAUGCGACAUGAGACGGUGUAUAUUUGAAAGGAGCAUUUUAUCCGGUUGCAGCUUCCAGCAGGCGCAAUUGUGUGACGCUGUACUAGACGGUGCGGAUCUGUCCGCAGCAAACUUCAGGGGGGCGGAAAUGCAAGGCGCGUCGAUGCGGCAUUGUGUUUUGCUUACGAGUUCUGAGGGACCUCUGAUGGCGGCUGCAGAUAUGAGGGGCGUUGACUUCGAUGAGAGUGAGCUCUCAGGCUCAGUUAUGAGGGCGGCCAACUUGCGACACGCGACCAUGACCAAUUGCAUACUAAACCAUGCGGAUUUAGCAGGUGCUGAUCUAGAGGGUGCCGUGUUUAGUAACUCGACCAUGAACCAAACUAACUUCAGGGGGGCAAAUACAAAGGAUACCGUGUUUGGGGUAAUGCAAUCGCCUCUGCAUAUGUCCUCGUUCACAACAUAAUAAAAUCUCUCUCUC